AUGCAGACAAGGGUUCACAACCGCGACACGAACUGGAUAGACUCGGAUCUGCGCUUCGCAGAGAAACGCAGAGUAUAUCCCGAAGCAAACAAUGCAAGUCCCUUCAAGAAUGACUCUAAAUACGUCUUCUCAUGGAAGUCUCCAUCAUUCCUCCUCAAUCAAUGUCCUCUGAGUUCUCUGUGGCUGAUGUCACUCCCAAUGGAAGAUCAUGAUCCCCCCACCGAGCCUGAUCCUGAUCCUGUAGGGUUGAUCACACCUUUGCUGUUUACAUGGCUCCGGUCGAAUACUGAUAUCGCUUGCCAGGACCCGCCCAUAGGCGCCGCGGAUGACACUGACUCGGCACUUGGAGAUGUGAACCUUCAACCAUGUCAAAACAGAGAUGGCAAGCUGACAUACCACUCAGGAAGAUGA